CGAUGGCAGAGGCUGUGCGCGGCGACCAGCCUCAGAAGCAGCUCGUUCUCCGCGUGCGGAAGCAGGGCGUGCGGUGGGCUGGUCUGAAGGAGGAAGUGGGAGCGUCAGCUUUAGCUAGGCGAGCCACGUCAUGACUGUUUGUUCGGUUCGCGUCGUCAUGUGGCGGGUGACCGUGCUGGUGCUGCUGGCGGGCGUCCAGCUGGCUCGCACGGAAGGCCGUCAGAAGCGCCAAUCCAUCACGUUCGGCGGGGGCUCUGCGCAGACACCACCGCCGUCGAAUGCAUGCAAGGACUACGCCGGUCGUGACGGGGUCUGUGACGUCAUCGCCACCUGUCCGGCACUGCUGCAGAUCGUGCAGAACAGACCCAGUCGUCAGGACAUCCAGAACGUGCGCCAAAGCAUCUGCGGUAGCCGACGUAUCAACUUCCGGCCGGUGCCUCUGUUGUGCUGCGCCAGUAAGUCCCAGCCGCCCACCCAGCCGCCCACCGAGCCGCCCACCCAGCCGCCCACCCAGCCGCCGUCAACGGGCGGCUUCAACGGCGCGCCCGAGGACCACCCCAACCGGCGCCUACUGCCCUCCAACUGCGGCUUCAGCUUCACGGAGAGGAUCGUGGGUGGAGUGGAGGUGGCGCUGGGCGAGUUUCCCUGGCUGGCCAUCCUCGGCUAUGAAGUACAGGGGACCGUUGAGGUGGACUUCAACUGCGGCGGCGCCGUCAUCAACGACCGGUACGUCGUGUCGGCUGCUCACUGCGUCACCGACCUGCCGGCCGGCUUCAGACUGGCGACGGUGCGCAUCGGCGAGCACGACCUCACCAAGGACUUAGACUGCGUGGAUGGCGUUUGCGCUGGUCCUGUGCAGGACUUCAGAUCGAGAGAUUAUCCCGCACAAGGAAUACAACUCGCCGAAUCGCUUCUGGAAUGACAUUGCGCUGCUUCGCCUGAACAAGCCCAUCAAUAAUCAGC